AUGGUCCGUGUCGUCAGUGUUGUGGUGUGUGCGUGCGUGGUCGGGUCGGCGGUCGCGGGGGAUCUGGACCCGCCCCCCGGGCCGGUGGUCCCGACGAUGAAGACGCUCGACGAGGUCGAGGCGCGGACGGCGAUCACGGCGCAGAACACGCCGGGGAACGCGGUGGUGAUGUUCAUCAUCGACGAGCCGGGGUCGUACUACCUCACGGGCGAUACGAGCGUGCCGGUGAACAUCGGCGGGAUCGAGGUCCGGUCGUCGAACGUGACGAUCGACCUCAACGGGUUCUCGCUGGCGAGCGGCGGCGGGAACAACGGGAUCACGGGGAUCGAGGGGAUCGGCCAGGACAACGUGACGAUCCGGAACGGGAACGUGCUGGGCUUCCCGGGCGUCGGGAUCCGCGUGGGCAACCGAGGCCGGCUCGAUUCCGUGAACGUCUCGGGCAACGGGGACGACGGGGCGGUGCUGGCGAAUUCUUCGGUGAUCAUCCACUGCGUCGCGGAGCAGAACGGGAGCACGGGGUUCGAGCUCGCGGCGUUCGGGCAGGUGUCGAACUGCUACAGCGCGGCGAACGCGGUGAACGGCUACAACGCGGGCGCCCGGUCGCUGUUUGUGGACAGCGUGGCGCGGCAGAACGGCAACGACGGGUUCCAGGUGCUGGACGAGGCGAAGCUGACGGGGUGCGCGGCGUACGGGAACUUCGCGAGCGGGUUCGCGCUGGGAUUCAACGCCUCGGUGACGAGCUGCGCGGCGGAGUCGAACCUGGGCGACGGCAUCCGGGCCGAGGGCGGGGCGGUGAUCUCCGGCUGCACGUCGAACGACAACACAGCGCACGGGUUUAGCAUGGGGUCUGACUCGCACGCGACCGCGUGCCUCGCGCAGCUCAACGACGGCUCGGGCUUCACCGCGGGGAACUCGGCGUUCAUCAAGGAUUGCUCUUCGGUGUCGAACGGGGAGGUCGGGUUCGACGUCGGUUUCUUUGCGCACCUCGAAUCGUGCUCCGCGACGCGGAGCACGGGGCGCGGGUUCAACGCGCUGAGCAACGCCACGAUCGAGCGCUGCACGGCGAUCGAGAACCGGGGCGGCGGGGUGGUCGCGACGGCGAGCGCGACCGUGCGCGGGUGCUCGCUGAAGUCCAACGCGCUGCACGGGGUGUCGGUGCAGACGGAAUCGGUGGUGAUGGGGAACUACAGCGUCAACAACGGCGCGUUCGCGACGACGGGCGCGGGGAUCUUCGUGAGCGGGAACGACAACUUCGUCCGCGACAACGUCGUGAGCGACAACGACGUGGGGAUCGACGUGAACGGGACGCAGAACCAGAUCGCGGGCAACGCCGCGCAGGGGAACAACUUCGGGAACUACACCAUCGUCGCGGGGAACAGCGUGGGGACGAUCGGCGUGGGGCUGACGAACCCGCUGAACAACACGGAGAGAGAGACCGCCAUGAUGUCCAGAUUCGUGUUGUCGUGUUGCGCCGCGUUGGCGGUUUCCGGUCCGUCGCUCGCCGGCGACCUCGACCCUCCCCCCGGCCCGGUGGCGCCGACGAUGAAGACGCUGACGGACGUCGAGCCGCGGACGGCGAUCAACGCCGAGAACACGCCCGGCAACGCGACGACGGCGUUCAUCAUCUCGACGCCCGGCUCGUACUACCUCACAGAGAACCUGAGCGUGCCCUCGGGCACCACGGGGAUCCUCGUGACGACGGACGACGUGACGAUCGACCUGAUGGGGUUCACGAUCUCGAGCUCGUUCGGCGGCGCGUCGGCGGACGGGAUCAACGCGGACAACCGCGACCGAAUCCACAUCCGCAACGGGCGGGUGCGUAUCUUCACCGAUGACGGCGUGGUGGUGCAGGACGAGGCCCGGCUCGAGAACCUCGACGUGACGAACUGCCAGGGGGACGGGUUCAGCACGGGGAGCAGCUCGAUCGUCUCGGACUGCACCGCGGUGAGCAACACCGGGCGCGGGUUCGUGUUCAUCAACCGGUGCGUGGUGGAGCGGUGCACGGCGCGCUCGAACGGGAGCACGGGCUUCGCGCAGACGUCCGGGUGUAUCCUGCGUGACUGCCUGACGAACCUGAACGGCGGCCCGGGGUACACCUCCGGCGCGGACGCGAUGUACGAGCGGUGCCAGUCGAUCAACGACACGGGCGCGGGGUUCUUCGGGACGAGCGACGCGACACUCACCGACUGCGUCGCCGAAUCGGCGGGCACCAUCGGGUUCGACUUCGACGAUCGUCUCGCGGCGAGGGGGUGCCGCGCGGUGGGGAACGACGGCGACGGCUUCGUCGCCGGUCAGGACGCGUCGUUCGUCGGGUGCGUCUCGUCGAACAACGGUCUCGGGUUCAGCGUGGGCAAUUACGCGACGAUCGAUCGGUGCGCCGCGUACGACAAUCUCUCCACCGGGGUCAGCGCGACCGGCUUGGGGGGCGUGUUCCGCGACAGCGUCUUCAACAACAACGGGUCGAGCGGCAUCUUCUCGAACACGCUCGGCACCGUCACCGGGUGCUACGCGGAGGGGAACGGGUCCAACGGCUUCGAGGUCCGCUCGGGGGCGGUGGUCCGGGGCUGCUCGGCGGUCGGCAACGGGUUCACGGGGAUCAGCGCGCAGUCGGGGUGCACCAUCGAUAACUGCACGUCCCGCUCGAACGAUGGCGGCGGCAUCAGCUGCGGGAACGACUGCCGCGUCUUCAACAACCAUUGCCUGAGCAACACGAGUGCGGGCGCCGCCGCCGAGGGCAUCAGGGCGGGCAGCGACUGCCGCAUCGACAGCAACAGCUGCCAUGGGAACGACAUCGGGUUCGAUAUCAACGGCACCGGGAACAUAGUCGUUCGAAACACCGCGCGUUCGAACGCGACGGACUACUCGAUCGUGGGCGGGAACGACGUGGGGACCAUCCAGCUCACGCCCGUCGGCGCGACCCCCAUGAUCCGAGCCGCGAUUCUCUGCGCUGCGGCGCUCUCGUCAUCCGCCCUCGCGGGCGAUCUCGAUCCGCCCCCGGGCCCCGUCGCGCCGAGCAUGAAGACGCUGGAUGAAGUCGAGCCGCGCACGCCGAUCAGCCAGGAGACCGCGCCGGGCGACGCGCUGGCGCUGCACGUGAUCACGGAAUCGGGCUCGUACGUGCUGGGCGGCGACACGGAGGUGACGGGCGACCGCACGGGGAUCCGGAUCGAGGCGGAGAACGUGACGAUCGACCUGAACGGUUUCACGCUCAGCGCCGGCAUCGGCGCGUCGUCGGGCGACGGGAUCAACGGCAUCGGCGGGUCGUUCACGGUCGUGCGGAACGGGCGGAUCGUCGGGUUCCCGGGCGACGGGGUUUCGCUCGGGUUCUCGUGCGUGGCCGAGGGGGUGGGCGUGGUGUUCUGCGGGGGGACGGGGAUCCUGACCGCGUCCAACGCGCAGCUGCGGGAUUGCGUCGCGUCGAACAACGGGUUCCGCGGGAUCAACGCGGACGUGAACGCGCUGAUCUCCGGGUGCUCCGCGAACGGGAACGGGGAUAUCGGGAUCACGGCGUCGUUCGUCGCGAAUGUCUCGGGGUGCGUCGCGAGCGACAACGCGUCCAACGGGUUCACGGUGGUGUCGGGCGCGAUCCGCGGGUGCGCGGCGAACGACAACGGCGAGGCGGGGUUCUCGACGAACACGGACACGCUGAUCGAGUCGUGCCUCGCGACGGACAACGCGUCGGACGGCAUCGUCGUGCAGAGCGAUGCGCUCGUGCGCGACUGCUCGGUGACGGGCAACGGGUUUUACGGCAUCCGCGUCCUGGGCACGGGCAAUACGAUCCGCGAGAACCGUCUUUCGCGCAACGGGUUCCGCCCGGGGCCGGAGAGCGACUACGGCGCGAUCUUCGUCACGUCGUUCACGCCCAUGGACCCGACGGACAACACGAUCGACGGCAACGCGUGCGCGGGCGACAUGCGCGGGAUCGUGGUGGGCACGCCGGGGAACACCGUGACGCGGAAUGCCGUGCGCAACGCGACGGUGAACGCCUACGAGAUCGCGCCGUCGAACGACGCGGCCCCUGUGACCGACACGUUCACCGGCGCGGAUAUCGACGGAAAAAAGGCCCGAUUUCGGGGCGGUGUGCUAGGUAUUUCUGCGCUCGCGUGCGCCGUGUUGCUGUGCGUUGUGCCCGUUGCGGCGGGCGGUGACCUCGACCCGCCCCCGGGCCCCGUCGCGCCGACGCUCAAGCCGCUCGACGAGGUCGAGCCGCGGACGGCGAUCAACGACGAGAACACCCCCGGUGCCGGCACGUUCCAGUUCGUGAUCCGCGACCCCGGCUCGUACUACCUGGCAUCGGACGUCACGACCGACCUGCUCAAGGGCGGGAUCGAGGUGCAGGCCAACGAUGUCACGAUCGAUCUCAACGGUUUCACGAUGCGCUUCGGCGGCGGGGCGAUCGGCGUCGGCUUCGGCAUCGAAGCGAGCGGGCGGGACAACAUCACCGUCCGCAACGGGACGCUCGAUGGGUUCCUCCUCGCCUGCGUGAGGUGCGGGGACCGGGCGCUGAUCGAGGGGGUGCGCGCGAUCGAUGGGCAGUCCGGCGGCAUCCGCGUCGAUGCCAAUUCGCUCGUGCGCUCGUGCGUCGUCACGUCCUGCGCGGGCGACGGCAUCGCGACCGGUGAGGACUCGAUCGUCGAAUCGUGUACCGUCUCGCUGAGCGGGGGCAACGGCAUCGUAAUCGGAGCCCGGUCACGCGUCGAUGGGUGCACCUCGUACAAGAAUAGCGCGACCGGCAUCUUCGCGGGUCAAGCCUGCGUGGUGAGCGGGUGCAUCGCGGAUACGAACACGCUGGACGGUAUCGACGUGUCCAGCGGGAGCACCGUGUCGAACUGCACGGCCACGGGCAACACGGAGUCGGGCAUCAGUACAGGCCAGGGAUCGGUCAUCACCGGCUGCGGCGCCAACACGAACGGGCUGAACGGGAUCUUCGCCUCUCCCGGGUGCGCCGUAUCGCACUGCACCGCCACCGGAAACACGCUGCACGGCAUCGCCGGCGUGAGCACCGGCACGGUCGAGUCCUGCUUCGCAGAGGCGAACGGCGGAUCCGGGUUUAACCUCUUCAACGACGUGACGGUGACCAAUUCCACUGGGGCUUCGAACGGCGCGCGUGGGUUCCGUUUGAAUCUUCGAUUCAGCAUCGUCGGGUGCGCCGCCACGUCGAACGGGCUGAGCGGAAUCGACGCCGCGGGCAACGGCCUGAUCGCGGAUUGCACCGCGGUCGGCAACGGGGAGAACGGCAUUGAGGCUUCGGCCACGCGGAUCGAGCGGUGUUUGGCGUCUGGAAACACGAUGGCGGGCAUCGUUGCCGGGGGUGGCAGCACCGUGGUCGGGAAUUCCUGCGGGGAUCACGGGCAGGGCGGCAUCGGCAUCCUCUGCGGCUCGAACACGGUGAUCGACGGCAACACCGUGCAUGACAACGAUGUCGGCAUCUCUGCCGGAAUCAACGAUUCGAACCUGAUCGUGCGGAACAGGGCGAACGGCAACAUCGUGGAUUACGACAUCGCGGUGGGCAACGACGUCGGCACCAUCCGGACCACGCCCGAAAGAACCUUGAAAGUCGUACUUACAUCAAUCGCUCUUUUCGCCUCCGCCGCCCUCGCCGGCGAUCUUAACCCCCCCCCGGGCCCCGUCGCGCCGACGCUCAAGCCGCUCGACGAGGUCGAGCCGCGGACGGCAAUCAACGCUGAGAACACCCCCGGUACCGGGCAGUUCCAGUUUGUCAUCGACCGGCCCGGCUCGUACUACCUCACCGAGGACCGCACCACCGACGUCCUGAAAGGCGGGAUCGAGGUCCGUGUCGAUGGCGUCACGAUCGACCUCAACGGCUACAGCCUUCGCUUCGGGGGCGGCGCGAUCGGCGUCGCGCAAGGCGUCGCCGCCAUCGGCCGGGACGACCUCACGGUCCGGAACGGGACGCUCGACGGGUUCCUGUUCAACGGCGUCGAAGCGGGGGCACGCGCACUUGUCGAAGACGUCCGCGCCGUGAACAACGGGGGCGACGGGUUCUGCGUCGGAGACUCGUCGGUGUUCCGUCGAUGCAUGUCGAACGGCAACGGCGAUGACGGAAUCGUGAUCCAGGGCACGGGCGUCCUGGUCGAGUGCGUCGCGAACGACAACGGCGGUCAGGGCGUAUUCGCCUCCGGAGGCUCGGCGGUGACGAACUGCAUCACGGAAGGCAACACCAGCACCGGGCUCUCGGUGGGGUCGGGCAGUUCGGUCUCCGGGUGCUCCUCGACGAACAACAGCGGCGUCGGGAUCUUUAUCGGGAACGGUACAAGCAUCACCGCGACUUCGAGCCUCAACAACAAUCUGACAGGGAUCUCCGGGGGCGACGGGUGCUCCGUGAGCAACUGCUCCGCGACCUCGAACGGCAGCUCGGGCAUCUCCGUCAAUUCCAACGCGAUGAUUUCGCACUGCAGCGCAUCGGGGAACCAGAAUCACGGCAUCCGGGUGAUCAAUAACAGCGUCAUCACCGAGAAUAUCUGCGCCGAGAAUACGAACGGCACCUCCACCGGCGCCGGGAUCGUCGUCGUGGGCCAGGGCAACAGGAUCGAGUUCAACACCGCCAGGUCGAACGAUUUCGGUAUCGACGUCAACGGCCCGAGGAACAUCAUCAUCUCGAACAGGCUCUCCGAUAACGCCACGAUGAAUCUCUCCGUUGUCGCGAACAACGUCGUCGGCUCCCUCACCACAGCCUCGUCGAUGGCCCUCGCCGGCGACCUCGACCCGCCCCCGGGCCCGGUGGCGCCGACGAUGAAGGCGCUCGACGUCGUCGAGCCGCGAAUCGCCGUGAACGACGAGAACACGCCGGGCGACGGCCUCGCGGUCUUCCGCAUCACCGAGCCGGGCUCGUACUACCUCACGGCCAACGUCCAGGGCGUGAUGGGGCGCCACGGGAUCGUGAUCGAGUCGCACAACGUCACGCUCGACCUCAACGGCUUCGGCCUCAUCGGCGAGCCGGGCACGAUGGACGGGAUCCGCAUGGAGCCCCCGUCACUCAACGGCCCGUACCGCUGCUCGGUCUUUAACGGUUCGAUCGACUCGUGGGACGGGUAUGGGGUCUACGGGUUCUUCGCCUUCGGCGCGCAAUUCCGAGACCUGCGCAUCGCCGGAUGCGGCGAGCACGGGAUCUUCACCGCCUCCGGAUCGACGCUCACCCGGGUCACGUCAUUCGAGAACGCUUCGGGGGGCUUCUUCACCAACGGAAUCGCCACGUUCCGCGAUUGCGCCGCGUCGGAAAACAGCGGGCCCGGGUUCGAGUGCCAGGGAACGCUCGUCGGAUGCACCGCCUUCAACAACAUCGGCCCCGGCUUCCAGUUGAAACAGGCGACCGCGACCGGGUGCAGCUCUGUCGUGAACACCGGGGCCGGUUUCGAGACGACCUUCGAGGCCGUGACCAUGACCGAUUGCUACGCGACUCUGAACGGCACGUCGGGCUUCGUGCUGGUCGCGGGCGGUCUCGUGCGGGGUUGUGUCUCGGAGCGAAACGCCGUGGACGGAUUCGUUGCAGCCGAGGAGUGCACGCUGAUCGAGUGUCAGGCGAACACGCAUCCCGACGACGGUUUCCAGAUCGGCAGGAACUGCGUCGUCGAGCGGUGCGUGUCCCGCGCGAACGCCUACGGGUUCUACACCGACAACCAGGACGACCAGACCGUCCGCGAGUGCUCGGCCUACGGCAACUCGAAUUCCGGUUUCUUUGUGACCGGGCAGGGCGCCCUGCUCGUGAAAAACCACGCCAAUGGCAACGGCACGGACUUCGACAUCACCGGUUCAACCCGGUACGGCCCGAUCGUCACCGCGCCCGGUCUGAUCGCGAGCGAGCACCCCCAGGCGAACUUCGCGUCGAACGAGCCGGUGAUCACCGGAGCGAUCGGACACGGUAUGAACAAGACGCUCACGCUCUGCGCCCUGCUCGCCGCGGCCCCCGCGCUCGCCGGCGACCUGAACCCCCCACCCGGCCCCGUCGCCGAAACCAUGAAAACGCUCACGGAAGUCGAGCCGCGCACCGCGAUCAACCAGCAGAACACGCCCGGGAACGCGGGCGCCGUCUUCGUGAUCAGCGAACCCGGCUCGUACUACCUGACCGGCAACGUCUUGGCCGGUCCCGGGCAGUCGGGCAUCACGGUCACGGCCGACUCGGACGUGACGAUCGACCUGAGCGGCUUCACGAUCGUCGGCAACGCCGGGGGCGUCGCGCGCGACGGCAUCGCGGCCGAGGACGCGAACAACGUGACGGUGCGCAACGGGACCGUGAUCAAGUUCGGCGAGGACGGUGUUCACCUCGGCGACAACGCGCGGGUGGUGGACGUGUCGGUCCGAUCGUGCAUCGACGACGGUAUCCGCGUCGGCUUCCACGGCACGCUGAUCGGGUGCAAAGCGGAUUCGAAUGGGAGAGUCGGGAUCUCGCUGCUCAUCUUCGGCAGCGCGACGUCGUGUUCGGCGUCGUCGUGCAGUACCGGGUUUAGUACAAGCUCGGCCGCGACGCUGACGGACUGUGUCUCGGCCGACAACAGCGUGUUCGGCUUCUCCCUCGGUUUCGACGCGUCGCUCUCGGGAUGCGUCGCCCGGAACAACGACGGGAUGGGCAUCGCGGCCGGGCAGAGAAGUUCGCUCGAAAACUGCACGUCGGUCUUCAACGGGUCCAUCGGGAUCCAGGCCCUCCUCGGAUCGACGGUCACGAACUCCACGUCCGGCAACAACGGGAACGACGGGUUCCAGAUCGAUCAGGGGAGUUCAGUGAUCGGGUGCUCGGCGACCAGCAACGAUGGGUACGGCAUCAACGCGUUCGCUGGAUGUGUCGUCACCUCGUGCUCGUGCCUCUUCAACGACCUGGGCGGGAUCCGGGCAUUCGCCGGCUGCACGAUCACGAACAACGCCUGCUCAAGAAACAGCGCACACGGCAUCGAGGUCACCUCGACGGGCAACACGGUCUCCGGGAACACCUGCGAGGACAACGGCUCGCUCGGAGCCGGCACCGGCACCGGCAUCCUCGUCACCGACGCGGAGAACCGCAUCGACGGCAACACCGUCACGGACAACGUCGACCGCGGCAUCGCGGUCACCGCGUCGGGCAAUCUCGUCGUCCGCAACAGCGCCGCGGGCAACGCGACGGACUACGACAUCGCCGCCGGCAACGACGUCGGCACGAUCCAGGCGUCGCCCGUGGGCGAGAACGACAUGAAACGUAUCGCCCCGAUGUGUCUCGCGCUGCUGAUCUGCACCCCGUGCGCCCUCGCCGGCGACCUCGACCCGCCCCCGGGCCCCGUGGCGCCGAGUUUGAAGACGCUCGUCGAGGUCGAGCCGCGCACCGCCAUCAAUCAGAAGAACACGCCGGGCACCGGGCAGUUCCAAUUCGUGAUCAACGAGCCGGGCUCGUACUACCUGACCUCGGACGUCACCACCGACCUCCUCAAGGGCGGGAUCGAGGUGCGCUCGGUGGACGUCACCAUCGACCUCAACGGCUACACGAUGCGCUUCGGCGGCGGCGCGAUCGGCAUCGGGCACGGCGUCUUCGCCGAGGGGAUGGACGACCUCACCGUCCGCAACGGGACGCUGGCUGGCUUUUUGCUCACCGGGAUCACCGCGCGGCAUCGGGCCCGCGUCGAGGACGUCACGGCGCUCGGGUGCGACGCCGACGGGUUCUUCCUCGGCAACGAGGCCACGCUCGUCCGCUGCGUCGCGGUCUCCAACGGGGGACUCGGCAUCCGCGUGGGGGACGCCGGCAGCCUCGCCGCGUGCCAGGCCGUCCUCAACGACUCCACCGGCUUCGUCGGCGCCAACCGCAUCGCCCUCGACGGCUGCGUCUCGCGGAGCAACGGCGGGCUCGGGUACGCCCUCGGCUCCGCGAACACGCUGACCGGGUGCGUCGCGGUCUCCAACGGGGGCAACGGUUUCCAGUCCUUCGCCGCGAGCACGUACCGGGAUUGCACGUCGAACGGGAACGACGCCAACGGGUUCCUGAUGACCGAGUCCUCGUCGGCGCACGGGUGCACCGCGCGCCUCAACGACGCCAACGGUUUCGUGCUCAGCCGCGGGUGCGUCCUUACCGGGAGUUCGGGUCAUGAGAACACGCUCAACGGCGCCCAGUUCGGCAGCGACGGCGUGGUCGAAUCCUCGGUGUUCACCUUGAACAGCGAAUCCGGGAUCGCCGUCGGCUCAGGAUGCACGAUCCGGAAUAACACCUGCAACCACAACGGCGAAGACGGCAUCCUCGCCGCCGCCGAGAAUCUGGUCGUCGGCAACCUGUGCUCCAGCAACGUGAACGGUGUCCGCAUCUCCAAUUUCGACAACCGAGUCGAUCACAACACGGUCACCAACAACACCGUCACCGGGAUCCUGGUCCAAUUCGGCGGGAACCUCAUCGUCCGCAACGCCUCGAGCGGCAACCUCUCCGGGUUCAACGUCGCCGCGGGUAACGAUCUGGGCGCGGUGGUCUCGUCGCCCGUCGGCCCGGGCUCAAAAAACGGCGGGGAACGGGGUUCACAUCCCCUCAUCGGGCGGCUACUUUGGCGUACCUACAUGAGGAGGAGGAACCCCGUGAUGAACCGAUUGACUGCCGCUGUGUGUCUCGCUCUGGUCUCGCCGUCCGUCGCGCUGGCCGGCGACCUGAACCCGCCCCCGGGCCCCGUCGCGCCGAGCAUGAAACCGCUCGACACGAUCGAGCCGCGCACCGCGAUGAGCCAGGAGAAUACGCCCGGCAACGCGACGACGGCGUUCAUCAUCUCGACGCCCGGCUCGUACUACCUCACAGAGAACCUGAGCGUGCCCUCGGGCGUGACGGGGAUCCUCGUGACGACGGACGACGUGACGAUCGACCUGAUGGGGUUCACGAUCUCCAGCUCGUUCGGCGGCGCGUCGGCGGACGGGAUCAACGCGGAUAACAGGGACCGGAUCCACAUCCGCAACGGGCGGGUCCGGAUCUUCACCGACGACGGGAUCGUGACGCAGGACGAGGCGCGGCUCGAGAACCUCGACGUAACGAAUUGCCAGGGGGACGGGAUCAACACGGGGAGCAGCUCGACGAUUUCGAAUUGCACGUCGGUGAGCAACACCGGGCGAGGCUUCGUGAUGCUGAACCGCUGCAUCGUCGAGCGCUGCACCGCGCGGUUCAACGGGAGCACGGGCUUCGCGCAGACCUCCGGGUGUUUGCUCACGGGCUGCGUGACGAACGCGAACGUCGGCUCGGGGUUCACCUCCGGUGCGGACGCGACGUACACGGGGUGCCAGUCGAUCAACGACGGCGGCACGGGGUUCUUUGGAUCGGACGACGCGACGCUCACGAACUGCGUCGCGGAAUCGGCCGGGACGAUCGGCUUCGAUUUCGAUGACCGGCUCACGAUGACGGGCUGCCGGGCGACGGACAACGCGGAGCGGGGCAUCAGCGCGGCGAACGACGCGACGGUGCGCGGGUGCGUCUCCUCCGGCAACGGGCAGGGCGGCAUCGAACUGGUCGCCGGCGGGUCCGUGGUCGGGUGCACCGUUGAUGGCAACGGGCGCGGGAUCUUCGUCUCCACCGAGAUCCUCAUCAGCGGGUGCGCCGUGUCGGGGAACGCGGGCGUCGGGAUCAGGGUCUUCGAGGGGUGCACCGUGAUCGACAACCUGAUCAACGGCAACGACGAUGACGGGAUCUGGUGCGCCAGCAGAAAUCUCAUCCGCGGGAAUACGUGCCGCGACAACGGAAACAAUGACGGCUCGUUCGCGGGCAUGCAGAUCAUCGGCAACGCGAACCGUGUGGAGGGCAACCACCUGGUCCUGAAUCCGCGCGGCAUCACGAUGGCAAACGGAGCGCGGAAGAACAUCAUCGUCCGGAACAGCACGGUCGACAACGAUUUCACCAACACCAUCGUUCCGGACAACGAGGUGGCGCCGUUCGUGGGCUCGCCGGCCGCCGUCCGCGAGGUCCGUGCGGCCCACGACCGGCUCCGCGCCGAGAUCGCCAAGGUCGUCGUCGGGCAGGACGACGUCGUCGAGCAGAUCCUUAACUGCAUGUUCUGCAACGGGCACGCGCUCGUCGUGGGCGUCCCCGGGCUCGCCAAGACGCUGCUGAUCUCGACGAUCGCGAAGUCCGUCUCGCUCGGGUUCUCGCGGAUCCAGUUCACGCCGGACCUGAUGCCGAGCGACAUCACGGGCACGGAGGUGAUCGAGGAGGACAAGACGACGGGCAACCGCGAGAUGCGGUUCGUGAAGGGGCCGAUCUUCGCGAACGUGAUCCUCGCCGCGCAGCUCGACCGCUUCAUGUUCAACAUCCAGAUCAACUACCCCUCCGAGAUGGAGGAGAUGGAGAUCGUCCGCCGGACCACGGCGGUGCAGGACGCGGCGACCUCGCCCGUGCUCACGGCCGAGGACCUGAUGCGCGCCCAGCACCUGGUGCGCGAGUGCCCGGUGGCGGACCACGUGAUCGCGUACGCCCUGCGCCUGGUGCGCGCGACGCGCAUCAAGGACGUGACGACGGACAAGCCGCAGGUCGUGAAGGACUACCUCUCCUGGGGGGCGGGCCCGCGCGCGAGCCAGAACCUCGUGCUCGCGGCCAAGGGCCGUGCGGUGCUCCGAGGCGGCUUCAGCGUGACGAUCGACGACAUCCGGGCCGUGGCCCCGCAGGUGAUGCGCCACCGCAUCAUCACGAACUUCAACGCGGAUGCUGAUGGCGUGACGACGGACGACGUCAUCACGACGCUCCUCGAGGAGAUCUCGAUCGAUGGAUCGAGCGAGACGGAGAAGCGGCAGAUGGAUGAGGUCUACGAGAUCGUCCACCCCGACCAGGCGAUGCCGCUCAAAUCGAGGGUGGUGAUCGCGAUGCCGGACGAAGAGGCCGCCGCGGAAGAACGGAACGACGGGUUAGACAAGCAAUCUUUCUCGAUGGUUGAAGUCACGAACAUCUCGGCGCACGGCUUCUGGAUCCUGCUCGAUUCGCGCGAGUUGUUCCUGCCGUUCGAGACGUUCCCGUGGUUCGCGGACGCCACCGUGCGCGCGAUCGCGAACGUCACACGCCCGCGCCCGGAUCACCUGCUCUGGCCGGACCUGGACGUGGACCUCACGCUCGACUCGAUCGAGCACCCGGAGAAGUACCCGCUGGUGUCGGAUCCGAAGAGGUUGUUGUGGCGAUACAGGAAAGCGAAGCGGUAUACCAUCAUUACACCCAUGUCCGAAUCCACCCCCACAACCCCCUUCACCCCCGAAGCCGACGCGACGAACUACCUGCACCCGCAGACGCUCGCGCGGCUCGGGACGUUCGAGCUGCGGGCCAAAAUGGUCGUCGAGGGCGUCAUGUCCGGCAUGCACCGCUCGCCCUACCACGNNGCCCAGCACCGCCCCUACGUCCCGGGCGACGACGUCCGCCACCUCGACUGGAAGGUGUACGGGCGGAGCGACAAGCUGCACCUCAAGCAGUACGAGCAGGAGACCUCGCUCGACCUGAUCCUGCUCGUCGACGCCUCCGGCUCGAUGAACUACGGGUCUCGGCUCUACUCCGACGCGUCCGGCAAGGGCGAGAAGGCGAAGGCGGACGGGUCGACGAACUGGACGAAGUUCGACCACGCGACGGCCACGGCCGCGGCGCUCGCGCAUCUUGCGCUGCGCCAGGGCGACCGGGUGGGGCUCGGGGUGUACGCCGAGAGCAUGCUCUCGAUGCUCUCGCGGACGGGCGCGGGGGACCAGUGGCGGCGCAUCGUGGGGACGCUCUCGACGCACCCGGUGGAGAAGCCGGCGAACCUGGGGCGGGUGAUCGACCAGACGAUCGCGAAGCUGAACAACCGGUGCCUCAUCGCGAUCGUGUCGGACUUUUACGAGAACAUCGCGGACAUCCGCACGGCCCUCGCGCGCCUGCGGCACCGCUCGCACGACGUGAUCCUCCUGCAGGUGAUCGACCGGCAGGAGGAGGUGUUCGACUUCACCGAGUCGCUCCCGUUCGAGGGGCUCGAGGACGAGGGGCGCGUCCGCGUCGACCCGCGGGCGCUGCGGGCGGAGUACCUCCGGAUUUUCGAGGAGCACCGCGAGCAGGUCGAGAAAACGGCCAAGAGCUUCGGGUUCGAUUACCAGCGCGUCUGCACGCACGAAUGGCUCGGAGGCGAGGCCGAGCUGCCGGUGCACUUCCUCGACCAGGGCGGGCUGCCGGAGGCGCUGCUGGGACAUCUCCAGCGCGUUGUUGAUCGCGGCGACGACCUCGGCGUUCCACGAGUCUUCCGGGGGCAGGUAGUUGUUGCCGGCGAGCCAGGCGCUCACGGCGCACCACGCCCAGAGCACCCUGGUUUCGGUCGCGAAGCAGACGGGCGGCGGGAACCCGCCCGGCCCGCGCUCGCCGGUCAUGUACUGGUGCACCAGCUGGCGGCUUUUGCCGAUCCGACGCGCGAUGUCCGCCAUGGAGACGAGAUUGCUGUUCUCGACCUGCACGACCGUCGCGCCGAUGCUCGCGCGUGUGAUAUCGCGGAUGGCGCCGAGGAUCGCGCUCUGAAUUGUCGGCGCCGCGCGGCUGAACUCGAUGUGGAGCAGGCCGGAGCGCAUCGUGACGGUGGCGUCGUCGCACCCGGCCUCGAAGAGGGCGUCCGCGACGCCGUCCGUGAGUUCCGGCACGCCCGCGACGAUGAGGGCGAAAUCGAACUUGCGCUCCGGAUCUGGCGCGCGUGGUUCUCGGGGCUCCGUGGGGUCGAGUACACGAUGAUGAUGCACCCCUGCGGCGUCGCCAUCGGGCACAGGAGCCUCCCCAUGCCCAUCCAUCGCCGUCGCGUUCUCAAAGCCGCCCUUGUCGGAUCCAUCGCCGGGGCCGCGAUCACCGAGCCGAAACUCGCGUUCGCCUCUUCGAGCCGCCCGGCUCGUCCCGCGAGCGACGACCCGAAGGACCUCGCGGAUGCCGUGACGGCGGGCGUGGACUACUUCAUCAAGCGGUGCGACGAGCAGAUGCCGCUCGUGCGCGGGCUUCGUGAUGCGAUCGCGUCGGGCGACGUGGAGCGCGCCAAGAAGGCGUACGUCGACUCGCGUCCGCCGUACGAGGAGAUCGAGACCCUCGCGGGCGACUUCCUGGAGUCGGACAAGGACAUCGACGCGCGUCCCUACGCGUUCGAGGACGGGGAGCAGGACAAGCACUUCAAGGGGUUCCACAAGAUCGAAGCGUUGCUCUUCGCGUACGAGGAUCUCGACGCGGCCAAGCCGUACGCGGAGGGGCUCGUCGAGAGCAUCCGGACGCUCGGGAAGGAGCUCCGGCAGCGCGAUCGGUUCAGCGCGCGGGGGCAGUUCGAGGGGAUGAUCGUGCUCGCGACGGAGGUGAGCGCGAAGAAGGUGUCCUCCGAGGAGGAGACGUGGUCGGACCAGUCGCUGCUCAUUUUCAGGCACAACUGGAUCGGCAUCGCGAGCCAGUAUGCCCCCUUCGCGAGGGUGCUCGGGGAGACCGACCGCACGGUGCGCGCCAUAGACGACGCGCUGGAGCGCGCCAUGCGGCUCGUCGAGCCGCAUUUCAAGCCGGGCGAGGCGGGCGGGACGCCGUAUUCGAAGAUCGGGAUCCGGGAGCGUCGGGCGAUGGCGGACGCGAGCAACCGCAUCCGCGACGCGCUGGUGGAGUCGCGGCGCGUGCUCAUGGCCUUUGUCCACCCAGGUCUCUUUCUCGCGGCCCUCGCGUGCGUCGCGAUCCCCAUCAUCAUCCACCUGUUGCUGCGCCGGAGGCGGAAGCCGGUGGUGUGGGGGGCGAUGCGCUUCCUGCUCGAGGCGUACAAGAAGCAGCGGUCCAAGCUCAAGCUCCAGCAGAUGAUCCUGCUCGCGACGCGGUGCCUCGUGGUGCUGCUCGUGGGCGGGGCGAUCGCGGGGCCGCUCCUCGAGCGCGCGGGGGUGCUCGGCGGCGGUUCGGGUCGGGACGUGUUCCUGCUCGUGGACAAUUCGGUCGCGUCGGCGCUGCGUGACGGGGGGCCGGCGGGCGAGUUCGCGCUGGACGCGCACAAGCGCACCGCGACGGCGAUCCUGGACGCGCUGGGCCCGGGCGACCGGGCGGGGGUGAUCACGCUCGGCGGCCCCGCGCGGAGCGUGGUGGUGCCGGCGUCUUCGGACCUCGGCGCGGUGCGGGAGAUCAUCGCCAACCUCGAGCCGACGGACAGCGCCGCGGACAUCGACGGCGCCCUCGCCACGCUGAGCGACCUUCGCGAUGGCGACGAGGCGGGCGACUUCGAGCAGCGCACGCUCGCGGUGCUCGUGAGCGAGUUCCGGCGCGGGAGCGCCGAGCUCGGGAGCGUGCUGCCCUCGGGCGAGAUCGAGCUGUACGCCUCGCGCCCCGCGGCGCGCGGCGCCUCGAACGUGCAGAUCGUGAACGUCGAGCCGCUCCGCGGCGUCGUGCUGACCGGCACGGGGGGGCUCGCCCAGGGCGAGCAGGUGCGCGUGACGCUGCGGCGCGCCGGGCCGGCGAUCGACGAGGCGCAGGCAACGGCGCUGACGGUGCGGUUCGUCGGGCUCGACGGCGAGCGCUCCGGGCGCGAGUCGCGCGUGAACGUGCGGUGGGAGCCGGGGGAGACGGAAAAAACGGUGAGCGCGCCCUUCGACGCGUCCGUCGCGGGCGACGACACGGGCGGCACGGCCGGCGGCGCGAUCGUCGCGACGAUCGACCGCGACGCGCUGGAGCCGGACAACACGUACCGCAUGCCCCUCGCGGUGCUCGAAUCGCUCCGCGUGGGCGUGGUGGCGCGCCAGCGCUUCGAGCGCGGUCUGCGCGCGGACGAGUUCGGCCCGCCCGAGUGGCUCAAGCUCGCGCUGCGGCCGACGAGCGCGACGCCGAUCGACCUGGUGGACAUCGAGCCGACGGCGAUCGACACGCCGACGCUCGCGUCCGUCGACGCGCUGCUCCUGCCCUCGCCGGACGUCGUGCCCGAGGGGCGGUGGCAGUCGAUCCGGCGCUUCGCGGACGAGGGCGGGCUCGUGAUCGUCUUCCCCUCGAACAACCAGCGCAACGUGCAGCUGUGGUCCGACGCGUUCGCGAGCGCGAUGGGGCUGGGCUGGCGCGUGAGCCGCGAGCCGAUCGACUACGAGGGCGACGCGACGCAGCGGAUCGCAUCCGGCGACGCGUCGAGCACGCUCAUCGGGCCCAUCGCGCCGGAGCUGGACGACCUGCUCGCGCCGGUGAACAUCUUCCGCGUGAUGCCGCCGGAGAGCAUCCGGCGCGAGGCGGACGUGGUGCUCCGCCUCGAGGACGGCACGCCCUGGUUCAUCGCGAGCGUCCCGGGGGACGACGAAACAGAAUCCGAUGACGCGGGCGACGCGUCGCGGCCCGGCUCGCGCGGGCUCGUGGUGUACAUCGCCAGCGCGAUGGACCUGCAGUGGACCGACCUGCCCGCGCGACCCCUCAUGGUGCCGCUCUUCCAGGAGCUGGUGCGCCAGGGCUUCAGCACGUCCUCCGGGACGCGCAUCGCGAGCGCCGGCGACCCGGUGCUCGCCCCGGCGCGCAGCGCCCGGGUGCGGACGCUCCUGCCCACGGGCGAGGCGCUGGACGAGCCGGUCGGGCCGACGGGGCUCGUGGCGUCGCCGAUCCGUGCGGCGUCGCUCUACGAGGCGCGCGACCAGUCCGGGCGUUCCCGCGGGCUCAUCGCGGUGAACGCGGACGCCGACGGCACGCGCACCGACACGCAGACCGAGGACGCCAUCGGCGCGUGGCUCGCGGGCGCGAUGAGCGACGGCGACGCGUCCGUCGCGUGGAUCGACGCCGACGAGCCCGCCCGCGCGAUCCGCGAGGUGGCCCAGAGCUCGACGCUCAGCUGGCCGCUGCUCAUCGCGGGCCUCGUCCUCGCGCUGCUCGAGACGAUCAUGGCCCGGUAUUUCUCCCACGCUUUCCGCGACCGAUCGGCCGGGCGUCGCUCCCAGACGGAGGGCGUGGCGCUGGGCUUCGACCGGCCGCUGCCGGGGUGGGGCUGGGCGCUGGUGAUCCUCACCGCGCUGGCGUUCAGCGCGUGGAGCUACUCGCGCCUGACCGGGUCGCGCCCGGCGCGGGGGAUCCUGGCGCUGAUGCGCGCGGCGCUGAUCGCGCUGCUCGUCCUGCUCGUGACCGGGCCCAAGCUCGUGCAGCAGACCGAGACGGUGGAGCGGGACUGGAUCCUGGUGCUCGUCGAUCGCUCUGUUUCCAUGACGAUCCCGGACGGGCCCGUCGAGCCGGGCGGGCGUCUCACGCGGGAGCAGCAGCUGGCUUCGGUGCUCGAAGAGACGAGCGAGCAGUGGCGCGAGCUGGCGGAGGACCGCGAGGUCGUCUGGCUCGGCUUCGACCGCGACGCGUACGAGCUGGCGCCCGCCGACGGCGCGCCGGUUGAUCUGAGCGACCCGGACGGGAUCUCGACGCGCCUCGGCGCGUCCCUGCGCUCCGCGCUGGACCGCGCGGCGGCGAGGCCGCUCAGCGCGGUGGUGCUCAUUACGGACGGCCGCUCGCUCGACGCGCCGGACCGCUCCGCGCUGCGCCGGCUCCGCGCCGAGCGUGUGCCGGUGCACUCGGUGGCGCUGGGGAGCCCGGACCCGAUCGGCGAUUUCGCGAUCGCGCGUGUCGACGCGCCGCGAUCGGCGUACGCGGAGGACCCGACGCCGGUGCGCGUGCGCCUGUCCAGUGCGGGCGUGCCGGACGGCGCCUCGGCCCUGGUCCGGUUGGUCGACCGCGCGACGGGCCUGGUGCUCGACGAGCGCGAGUACGUGACGGGCGAGAGCGAGAACGACGAGGUCACGCUCGCGUCCGUGAGCGAGACGGCGGGGACGCGGACGUGGGCGGUCGAGAUCGAGGCGACGUCCGGCGAGGACCUCAUCGCCACAAACAACACCCGCGCGUUCGAGGUCGCCAUCGUCGACGAGCCGAUGCGCGUGCUCUACGUCGACGGCUACCCGCGCUGGGAGCAGCGCUACAUGCGGAACCUGCUGAUCCGCGAGCCGUCCGUCACGUCCACCACGCUCCUGCUCGCGCCGGACCGGCGCUACAUCCAGGAGGGGGACGUCGAGGUCGAUUCCAUCCCCGACUCGCCCGAGCGAUGGGCGGAGUACGACGCGAUCGUGCUCGGCGACGUCCGGCCGGACGUCUUCACGUACGAGCAGCUCGCGAUGCUGCGCGAUCACAUCGCUGAGCGCGGUGGCGGGCUGCUGUGGAUCGCCGGGCCGGCGGCGACGCCGAACCUGUGGUGGGACACGCCGCUGGCGGACCUGAUCCCCUUCGCCUCCGACGCGGAUACGCAGGGCACGCUGCCGGAGCCGGCGGUGGCGUUCCCGACCGACAGCGCCGAGCGCCUGGGCGUGAUGCGGCUGACGAACGACCCGCAGGCGCCGUGGCUCGACGCUGUAUCGGACCCGAACGUGGGGUGGUCGCUGCUGCGGUGGGUGAUGGCGCUGGAGCCUUCUCGCCUGAAGCCGACGGCGGAGGUGCUCGCGGAGGCGGAGCUGCUGUACUCCUACAACCGCUCGCCGCUGGUGAUCUCGAUGCGGUACGGCGCGGGGCGAUCGACGUUCGUCGCGACGGACGAGACGUGGCGCUGGCGCUACGGUCGGGGCGAGGCGCUGUUCGAGAAGUUCUGGAUCCAGCUGCUGCGCAUGAGCGCGCGGGAGAGCCUCUCGCGCGCCGGGCGCAGCGCGAUGCUCUCGCUCUCGCCGGACGACCCCAUCGUCGGCGAGCCGGUGCGCCUCGCGGUCGAGCUGCUCGACCAGUCGCUCGUCGACCUCAACCUGCCGACGGUGGAGAUCGAGCUGGAGCGCCGCCCGACGCCGGGCGACCGCGAGGGCGAGGCGCCCCCGACGGCGCGCGUCACGCUCCAGCCGGAGGGGACGGGGCGCUCGGUGUACACGGGCGUGUGGCUCCCGUCCGAGUCGGGCGUCUGGGACGCGGCGCCGACGGACUCGGCCCUGGCCGGGCUCGAGCUCUCGGGCGAGGCGGAGGUCUCGCUCGUGGACGACGAGCUCCGCCGCCCGGAGACGGACCACGGCCUGCUCGCGGAGCUGAGCGAGCGGACGGAGGGGCGCGUGUGGGACGUGUCGAAUGUCCGGGAGCUGUUCGACGAUCCGACGAAUCUUCCGAAGCGCCGGGUGGUACUCCUCAAUGAACGGUCCGAAUCUUUGUGGGACACACCCCUCGCUCUGGCGCUGGUCGUGGGCCUGCUCACGAUCGAAUGGGUGACGCGGAGAGCCAUCCGCCUGCUCUCCGCGGAGAGCCUGCGCGACGUGCGGGUGGCGCUCGCGCACCUGGGCCGCCGGGCGCGCGUAUUGCUCGUGACGCGCCGUCUGGCGUUCGGGUUCUCGGUGCUCGUCGGGGCGUCGCUCGUGGUCGGCCUGACCGACUUCUGGCUCCGAUUCCCGGCGGCUGUGCGCACGAUCGCGCUGCUCGCGGGCCUCGCGGUGGCCGCGGUCUGGGCGCGGCGUGUCCUGCUGCCCGCGCUGCGCUUCGCGCCGUCGCUCCCCGAUCUCGCGCUCCGCGUCGAGCGGAUCCUGCCGGAGUACCGGGGCCUGCUCGCGAGCGCCGUGGAUUUCACCACGCACGCGAACGACCGGGCCACGCCGACGGAGCGGGCGCUCACGGCCCGGGCCGUCCGCGAGGCGCGCUCCAUCGCGGACCGCGUCGGCGGCGUGCGCGCCGGCGCCCUGCUCAAGCCGAAGCCCGCGGCCCAGACGGGCGCCGUCGCGGCGAUCUCCCUCGCCGCGUUGCUCGCCGUCGGCCUGCUCACGCCGACGCUCUUCGCGAUCGGCGCGCAGCGGCUGUACCUGCCGUUCACCGACGCCUCGUGGCCCCGCCGGACGGACAUCGCGGACGCGACCGCCGACGAGUUCCACGCGCUGGGCGAAUCGCUCACGCUCCGCGCGGCGCUGAUGCGCGCCCCGGGCGAGCCGGGCGCGACGGACGUGGCCCUCCGCUACCGCCUCAUCCGGGGCGGCGAGACCGUCUCCGAGCGGCGCGAGCUCAUGACCUGGCAGGAGCGGGAGAUCGAGGCCCUCGCCGGCGCCGACCGCGGCACGCGCGGCGAGCUCUUCGAGCGGCUCAUCGAGCCGGACGCCGAGGCGAUCGAGUACCGGUUCGAGACGGCGGACGACGCGACGGCGUGGCGCCGGAUCGCGCUCAUCGAGCCGCCCCGCGUGCUCGGCGCGACGGUGAGCGUCACGCCGCCGGACUACGCGGCGGAUCUCCCGCUGAGCGCGCGCGCCGUCGAAGACGCGGACCUCGGCCCGGGCACGGACGAGCGAGCGAUCGCCGAGCCGUCGCUCGCGGGCUCGCGCGUGGAACUCGACGUGCGGCUCAACAAAGAGGUCGACGUGCCCGAAUCCGCGCGCCUGAUCCUGGGCGAGGGCGCGACGAUCGAGACGGAGGGCGAUUCGUGGCGCUUCGCGUUCACGCUGGAGGAGUCCACGCGUCUGCCGUUCACGCUCCGCGAUUCGUACGGCAUCGAGUCCGUCGAGGACGCGGUGUACCGGUUCGAGGCGCUGAUCGACGCCGAGCCGACGGCGACGGUGACCGAGCCGCGCGCCGACGAGAGCGUGCUGCCGACGGCGGUCGUCGAAGUGUCGGCCGAGGGUCGCGACGACGUCGGCCUCGCGUGGGUGGAGCUGGAGCGCACGAUCUACUCGCCGGCGGGGUCCGAAUCGCCCACGCCGAGCGGGCCGGGCGGGGCGAUGGAGCCGAAGGGCGAGCCGGAGACGGUCGUCCGCGCCGAGGGCGACAGCGAGCUCGCGAUGACCGCGAGCGCCACGCUCGAUCUCGCGCUGCUGGGCGUGCGCCCGGGCGACGAGGUGCACCUCCAGGCGGUGGCGCGGGACAUCUACGCGGUGCCGGGGGAGCUCCGCGAGGCGACGCGCUCGAGCGUGCGCGUGCUCCGGGUGCUCUCCGAGAGCGAGUUCAUCGAGGACAUCCAGGACCAGCUGGGCGACAUCCGCCAGUCGGCCAUCCGCAUCGACGAGCAGCAGCGCGAGACGGAAGAGCUCGCGCGAGAGCGCGGCGCGACGCGUCCGACCACGCGGAGCCAGGGGCAGGUGACCGAACGGAUCGCGCGCCAGCGGGAGGUCGUCGACCGGCUCGCCGAGCGUCUGGAGCGCAACGCGCUGAACGACCCCGGCCUGCGCGAGCUGCUGAGCCAGGCGUCGCGGUCGCUCGACCGGGCGGGCGAGUCCUCCGUCGAGGCGUCCGAGGAGCUCGCGCAGGCCGCGGAGCGCGCCGAAGCGGAGCAGCGCGAGGCGGAGGGCGAGUACGACCCCGAGGCGUUCGAGCUGAACGAGGAGGAGGAGCGCGACGUCGCGCAGGCGCAGGAGCAGGUGCGGGCGGAGCUGAGCCAGCUCAUCGAGCAGCUCGACCGGGGUCAGGACAACUGGGUGGUGCGCAACACCAUCGAGAACGCGCUCACCGAGCAGCAGUCGCUCCAGGAGCAGACCGAGUCCCUCGGGACGCGCACCGCGGGGCAGUCCGUCGACGACCUCUCCCCGCAGGACAAGAGCGAGCUGGACCGCAUCGUCGAGAAGCAGCUCGAGCUCGCCGAGCGGCUGCGCGAGCUGACCGAGUCGCUGCGCGACCGCGAGCAGGAGCUCCGCGAGGACGACCCCGGCGCGGCCGAGGCGCUGUCCCGGGCGGCCGAGACGGCGGACGCGCAGGAGCUGCUGGAGAACAUGGAGCGCGCGGCGCGGGAGGCGGCGCGGAACCAGUCGUCCAACGCGCAGGAAUCCCAGCAGCAGGCGGCGGAGGCGCUGGAGCAGAUGCUCGAGGACCUCGAGUCCGGCGCCCGGGCGCGCGAGGAGGCGCUGCAGCGGGCGCUCAAGAGCAUCAUCGAAUCGCUCGAGGGCCUCAUCCGCGUGCAGCGCGACGAGCUGGACGCGCUGGCGAGCGUGGUGAACCGAUCGGCGCCGCUCGCCCCGCUGGCGCAGGGGAUGAUCCGGCUGAACCAGAACACGCUCGGCGUGCGCGACCUGGCCUUCGAGGGCGGGUCGGACCUCGCGCCGAUCUUCAACCUGCUGGAGAACGCGUCGGACGCGCAGGUGCGUGCGAUCCGCGAGCUGCGCGACCCCGCGCCGAGCUCGGACGAGGCCCGCGAGCACGAGACGCAGAGCCUCGAGCUGCUCACCCGCGCCCUCGAGCGCGCCGAGGAGGCGAGCGAGCAGAUCGAGCAGCAGCAGGACGACGCGAAACGCGAGCGGCUCAAGAAGGCGUACCUCGAGGCGAUCGAGGCGCAGGUCGCGAUCGUCGAGGAGACCGAGCCGUUCGCGCAGGCGGACGAGCUCUCGCGCCGCGACCGCGUGCUCGUUCGCCGCCUCGGCGACCCCCAGCGGAGCGUGGGCGAGAUCCUCACGGAGCUGCGCGAGGAGAUCCGGGAGAUCGCGGACGCGAAGGUCUUCGACUACGCGCACGACCGCCUCGACCAGCUGAUCGAGCGCUCGGCCGUGCAGCUCGAAUCCUCCGAGCCGUCGAACUCCCUGCGCACGCAGCGGGCGAUCAUCCGCGUGCUCGAGGGCAUCAUCCGGGCGCUCGAGGAGUCGCAGCGCCAGCAGGACCAGGAGCAGCAGCAGCAGGAAGGCGGCGCCGGGCAGGGCAACCAGCAGGGCGCCGGCGAGCAGCCGCUCAUCCCGCCGGCGCAGGAGCUCAAGCUCCUCCGCGACCUGCAGAUCCAGCUCGCCCAGGAGACCACCGACUUUUCCACCGACGCCGGCGUGCCGAGCGAAGACAUCCGCUCUCUGGGCAAGACGCAGCGCGAGCUGCUGGAGCUGGGCGAGGACCUGAUCCGCCGGGUGACCGAGCAGGGGGGAGUCAGCGCGAUGACGGAUCGCCGCAUCAUCCGAAUGCUCGCCGCCGGCGCAGCGCUGUCCCUCGCGCCGCUCGCCGUCGCGCAGGACGCGCCCAAGCCGGCGGAACCCGCGCCGGCCACCGAGCCCGAGAAGUCGGACGACGCGCCGAAGAAGGACGCGCCCGUGCCCUCGCUCGACGAGCUGCUCGGCCUGCCCGAGGCGGGCCCGAAGGACGACGCCGCGAAGCCGGCGGAGGACAUCACGCAGAAACGCCUCGACGAGCAGCUGGACCAGGAGACCAACAUCGCGGACGAGUUCCAGGUCGCGCUGAAGGAGAUGCGCGAGACCGCGGACCGGCUCGAGUACUCGCUGGACACCGGCACGGUGACGCAGCGCCUGCAGGCGUCGGUCAUCCGGCGUCUCGAAGAGCUGAUCGAGGCGAACAACCCCUCGGGCUCGAACACGCAGGAGCGCCUCCCGCCGGGCGGGAGCGAGGGCGAGCUGCGUGACAACCUCGACACGGCGCGGGCCGCGUGGGGCGCGCUGCCCGAGCGUGUCCGCGACGCGCUGCAGCAAGGCUCGGGUGACUAUUUCUCGCGUCUGUACGAAUCCUUGACCGAGUCCUAUUACAAGCGCCUGGCCGAAGACGCCGCGCCGGACGCGCCGGGGCCCGCAGACGCCGGCAACGAGACCGCGGAGAACAACGCGGCCCGGAACGAGAUCACGCAGGAGAUGAACGACGCGGUCUCGCUCGGUCUCGAGCGGCUCGCGGCGAUGCAGUCCGACGAGGGCUCGUUCGGCGGGCUGCGCUACCCGCGCCACGUGGGCAUCACCGCGCUCGCGUGCCUCGCCUUCAUGGCGGACGGCAACCUUCCGGGGCGCGGGCCGUACGGCGAGACCGUGCAGCGCGGGCUCGAUUUCAUCCUCGCGAACAUCAACGAGACGGGGCUCAUCGCGGCGGACACGUCGCACGGGCCGAUGUACGGCCACGGCUUCGCGACGCUGUUCCUGGGCGAGGUGUACGGCAUGACCGCCGGCGGCGGCGACACGCGUCUCGCGCAGGAGCUGCACGAGAAGCUCGUCAAGGCGGUGCGUCUCAUCGUGCAGACGCAGAACGACGAGGGCGGCUGGCGGUACUACCCCGUGCCGCACGACGCGGACGUGUCGGUGACGAUCUGCCAGGUGAUGGCAUUGCGUUCGGCGCGGAACGCGGGGAUCGAGGUGCCGAAGUCGACGAUCGAUCGGGCGGUGGAGUACAUCCGCGCGUGCCAGCACGACGACGGCGGGUGGAAAUACCAGCUCACCUCGGGCGGCAGCGCGUGGCCCCGGAGCGCCGCGGGCAUCGCCUCGCUCUUCUACGCGGGCAUCUACGAGGACAACGCGAUCGACCGUGGGCUGGAGUACCUCAAGCGCAACGCGAUGCCCGGCAACGGGCGGGGGAACCGCAGCCACUACUUCUACGGGCACUACUACGCCGUGCAGAGCAUGUACCUCGACGGGGGGUCAAACUGGGCGAGCUGGUGGCCGUCGAUCCGGGACGAACUCGUCGACGAGCAGCGGGAUUCGGGCGAAUGGCAGGAUAACCACGCCGAAGUGAAACAUCCAACCCGAUCCAUCUCGCUCGUGUCGCUGCUGGGCCUCGCCCUGCUGGCCCCGUCCGCGCCCGCGGACGACGCGCCGGGCGUGCGGGCCCUGAUCGUCGACGAGCGCCUCCGCGAGCGCGAGGUCUUCCUCCUCGCGAUCGAGCCCGAGACGCUGCUGCUCUCGGACGGCCGCGACGAGUGGCGGAGCGAGAUCCGCGGGCUCAUCGCGGUGCUCCCCGCGCCGACGGGCAAGGACAGCGCCGUGCCCAACCCGGACGCCGGCGUGCUCGAGCUCACCGAUGGCCAGCGCUUCCCCGGCGCGAUCCUCCCCACCGCGAGCGAGGGCGAGGACGUCCGGUGGAUCCACCAGGCGAUGGGCGAGCUGACGUUCUCGCUCGAGGUCGUCGCCGGGGCCAGGCUCUCGCCGUUCGCGCGCAGCACGUUCUCGGCGCGCCAGCGCGAGGCGCUCAUCGAGGACGAGCUGAUGCUCGCCAACGGCGACGUCCUCCGCGGGUUCCUCGCCGGGCUCGGCGACCCCGUGAUCUUCGAAGCGGACGGGCAGGUCGCGAACAUCCCCGUCGACCGCGUGAACGCGCUCACGCUCGCGAACGAGCGCGGCGCGCCCGAGGGCGUGUACCUCUGGCUCGGGGACGGCACCAUCGCCCGCGCCGACACCCUCGCGACCGAUCCGUCCCGAGAAAGGCUCGAAUUCACGCUCGAUUCCGGCCAGCGCGCCGUCUACCGCGUGAACGCCCUCCGGGGCAUCGCCUUCGAUUCGUCGCGCCUGCUCCCGCUCGCGACGCUCUCGCCGAUCGUGCAGAAACCGACCGGCGAACGCCCGCACGGCGCGCCGAUCCGCUACGCCGCGUCGUCCUACGACGACCGCGACCUGGGCCGCUCCACCCUCGGGCUCGCGACCAUCGAGUUCCCGGGACCGAUGGAGGUGACGUACACGCUGCCCGCCGACGCGAUGCGCCUCGGCGGCACGUUCCGGCUCGACGAGAACGCCCUGCCCUGGGGCGACUGCGUCGUGACCAUCGAGCUCGACGGGCGAGAGCUGUUCUCCCAGAGGCUGUUCGCGGAGAACCUCGAGGCGCCCUUCUCCCUCACCGCCGAGGGCGAAGAGCUGACCAUCCGCAUCGAUCCCGGCGAGCACGGCCCGAUCCUGGACCGCGUGACGCUCGAGCGCGCGAUGAUCCUGCUACGAGAUUAG